AUGCUGCAACGCAAACACCUUUUUCUGUUGUUCUUGUUCUCGUUCGUAAUCUUUCUGUCGGAACACGUGCAAUCGAACGACGACGAGAACGAUUUCGAUUGGGUUUCCGACGAAUUCGCGGAGCGAGAGAAACAGAACGACGACGAUGCCCAGUUCUCGUUUAAGGAUCCAACCGUUAUCGUUGGCAACCGCGGGGUGCAUUCGGACGAUGUCCUCAAAUAUCCACUCUCAAAAACGUCCAAAAGGAAAGAUAAACUUCAAGUGAGCGAGUGCCGCGCGUGCGAUGUUUCCGGACUGAAAGUCGGUUGCGACCAAGCGAAAUAUAUUAAACCGUGCGGUAUCGAAGGGAGCUACGCGCUGAAGUCGUCGUAUUUGGAGCACAGGGCGGAGGAGUGCGGGGGUGGGGGCAGAAAUACGAAGAUACCGUUGAUGGCGAGUUUCGUCAGAGACGUUCGCGCGACGGCGACGGAGUACGCUCUCGUUUUAGAUGGGACGAGACGGUUUUUAAUCGAAGCGUUUUGCGUGAGAGGGAGGACGAAUGACUGUCGCAGGUUUCCCAGGCACGCGAGGUGUCCAAAGGAGAUUGUAGAGAGUGGUACUGGUAUGUGUGCGUACGGCAGAUUGCUCAAUCAGCACGAGGGGACGUUUACGGACGAAGAUCUGGAUAGUUUUGGAGAAGAAGCAGCCGAGGCGGUCGUGGCGACGAUACAUUGGGAACUGCCAGAUUUUCGCGCGUGCAAGGACUUAGAGGUGAAUAAAAAGCGAGACGCGAAGGCGAACAAAUUGAGAAAUUUGUAUGACAAACCGUACGAAGGAAGGAGUAUCGAGGCGCCUAUUCAGGUAGAAACGACGGUUGGAUUCGAGAGGAAAGAGAAGAUGUUUUUAAAGUUUACCGUCCAGAAAGAUGUGGAGAAUGCAGAAUAUAAUGUCGAGCACAAGAUAUCUCCUUCGCAAGUAGAGAAGAUCUUGAACGCGCGGUGUCCAGCGACGCUGGCACUCAUCGCCGAUGCGUUUCAUGAAAUCGGCCCAGAAUGGCGUAAGAAGAACGCUUUUCGAAAGACAAAGAUGGACGAUACGCCGGAGUAUGUAACUAAAGAAGCGCAAAAGCUGUGGGCAAAACUAGGUAAGAAAACACACGAAAAGGCCAUGAAGGCAAAGAAAGAUAGGGAUAGAAAAAUAGAUAAGUCGGGGAUGACGCAAGAAGUGAAGGAUGAGCUCGGUCACGAUUGGUGGAAACAAAUCGCAAAAGGCGCGCCGAGUAGGAAAACGGUAUACUGGCAAGAUUCUCACCCUGUGUUUGAGUUCGGUUCCUCGACAUACUUGGAACCACCAGAAAGACACAUACUUCGAAUGGUAAUAGCUGGCGUACCGCGACGAAUCCGCGCGAGUGGGGAACAGAGAACUCCUUACGGGACGUUAUUCGUCGCGACAAGGGAUAAUAGGGAUACGAGUUUAAGCGAAGAGUACCAAGCGGCUUUAUUAAGGUCUGCGUCGAAGUGUUUGCGAGAGACCAACUUGCGAAUAAUCGAGAUUAAUCCCAUACACAGGAAAUCACACGCAACUGACGACGUCGUAUUCCCUUUGGAACCGCCGGUUGAUUGGAUAGAGAAGGCAUCCGUAUACGAAAAAACGGCGAGUGGUGGCGUGCGAACAGAGAUUGAUGGCGACAGAAACACAUACAGAGGUGGUCAAAACGUCGAUUUGGACUGGGAGGGAUAUUCUAUCGAUGGAGGAUCGCAUUUAGGAUGGAGUUCUGUUUCUAUCCUGCUCACCUCGGAUAUUACGGGGAAGAAUAUCUCAAGCGAAGAGGUUCGCGCGAUGUACGGCGCGACAGAGACAGAGUACGAAAGGACGGAAGAGUUUAAAGAUAAACGAGGUAAUCGACGAAGCAGAGCAGUCAAACUUCGAUGCUCGCCUCCCAGGUAUCAAAGCUUAGCGCCGUGUUUAGGCUAUGCGGAGAAACCUUCAGUCUUUCGCGUGUUGGAUAAAAAUAAAGGCCACGACCUAUUGUUGAAACACGAGCGUGUGGAUGUAAAGACGGCGGAAGCUAUGGGAAAGAUUUGUCGUUUGGGCGAUGGCGAAAGCGCAAAAUAUACAGUUGCGAAACAAAUUGGCUGCGCUGGUUGCGAAUAA